UUGUUUCAAUUUCCAAAGCGAAGCUGGUCACCAGCAGUUGAUGGAAUUUGUAGCCGGUAAUGUUCUAAUCUACAGCAUUAUAACGACUUUUUUUGGCACAACAGAGAAUGCACAAACCAACACAUACUAUUGAUGCAAACUUUUAAAAGUUACUUGUGUUGUAUUUCAGCAGAGCGGUGGUGCUACCCAUUGCGAAAACGUUUUGAUUUGCCAGGCAUUGCAUCAACGUUGAACAAUUCCGAGUUCAAUAAGGUGUGGUGGUGUUCUUCUAUCAGCGACGCGUUAAAAUACAAGAUAUUUUGGGCAAGACAGACGUGGCUUUGCUACAAAGUAGAGCCACUCGCUGUGUCUCCGGGUUUUUUUUUUCUUUCUUUUUAAACCUCAUUUUGAUUGCAAUUUGAACGAUUCAACGCUGCCCGGGGCGGGUCUCAUGGGUCCGGACAGGGAUGGCCUCAAUGCGCAUGUGCACAGUCAGCUCCGUUCUAAAGCACGAAACACAAUCUGUAGCGAGCGUUGUAGAAAAGCAUCGAAAGAAAAUACAUUUGAAACACUGGAAACAUUAAAACGUUUUGAAAAUAAAUAAAGCAAUAUGGCUGUUUGAGUGGAAAAUGGACGAUAGUGAAAAUACCACGGAUACCAGAGACGAGUUCCGGAAUUAAAACUAGCGAGAAAGAAUCUGGAGAAGCCACACGACCUGUCUGCAGAAACAGGAAAACCUACAUGUCGUAAAUACAAGGAGCAACUGCGGGCAGUCUGACACAGUAGUCAUGUUUAUAACCAAUGUGGACUUCGUACCCGAAUUGACUGUGUGAAGCUAGCUGAGUUACAGCAGAAUUUUCAUCCGAGAAACAACAAGCGGCCUGGAAACGCAACUGAUAAUAACCAAGCUGCUACUGGAUAUACACAAACUUAUCAUAAGUACAGUGCUAAGACAGACAGUCAGCCGUUUCAAAGGAGCUGUGUACUGUUGUUCAUGCCAACACUGAUACAUACUUUCAUUGGAAUAGGCGACACUUGCAAUAGCUGAGAGAACAUUAAACUUGACAUUAUUUAAUUAAUAAAUGCAAUCGCCCUUUCCUGGAGCUGGGACUCGUUCCGCGAGGUGUUCGCACACAGAACACCAUAAAUAUGGAAUUUAUUGUGAUUUAAAUAUCUAUUAGGCAUAACAUCAGUUUAGUUAGUCAUAUUUAACAUAGGCUUGAUUGUUUAGUGAUGUGUUUGGGAUUCCCCAGGAAGCCGGGGAAUAAUGUCUGAAGUGAGACGGUGUCGGCUUUCAAUUUGAGGCGAAACAAUUAAGGCGUUAUAAAAAAUAUUAACGUUUUAUUUUCUACCAAAUCGUAUGUGUCUGCUUUACCUAAGCGAAACACAACAAAGUGAUUGAACGUCAAAAACCGAAGUGAAAAUGUGUAAACCGUGCUGGAAAGGAGAUUUGAAAACUUAAAUAGCUGAAGUUUUUUGUUGUUGUUCUUUCUGUACAUAUAGACUACAUAAAGACUGUCCAUUUUCUUUUACAAUACAUUGGUUCAUUUGGUAAUACAAUGGCCCGAAACGGACUGCGGGCCGACUCACAGAAUUUGAGAGGGACCAGUGAAAACCUUUCGGAACGAGAGAGCAGCUCCAUCGGAUCCGAUUCGGAGAUCAACGGUUUCACCACAGAGAAACAGACUGAUAAAUACGGGUUCAUCGGAGGGGCGCAGCAGCACACUGAGGAAUCAGCUCAGGAUGUCCCCCCGGAGGUGGUGAGAGAGAGGGAAGUCAAGUGGCUGGACAUGCUCAACAGCUGGGACAAGUGGAUGGCAAAGAGACACAAGAAGAUCAAGCUGCGGUGUCAGAAGGGGAUCCCACCCUCGCUGCGCGGCCGGGCCUGGCUCUACCUGUCUGGGGGGAAGGUCAAAUUGGAGCAGAACCACGGCAAGUUCCAGGAGCUGGACAGUAAGCCAGGGGAUCCCAAGUGGCUGGACGUCAUUGAGAAGGACCUUCACCGACAGUUCCCAUUCCACGAGAUGUUUGUGUCGCGAGGGGGCCAUGGACAACAAGACCUGUACCGGGUGCUGAAGGCCUACACACUGUACCGUCCGGAGGAGGGCUAUUGCCAGGCCCAGGCUCCCAUUGCAGCAGUGCUGCUCAUGCACAUGCCUGCGGAGGAAGCAUUCUGGGGCCUGGUUCAGAUCUGUGAGAAGUACCUCCCUGGAUACUAUAGUGCUGGAUUGGAGGCGAUUCAGCUGGAUGGGGAGAUCCUGUUUGCCCUCCUCCGCAGGGUCUCCACAGUGGCCUACAAGCACCUGAAGAAGCACAAGAUCGACCCCGUCCUGUACAUGACAGAGUGGUUCAUGUGUGCCUUCUCCCGCACCCUGCCCUGGGCCUCCGUGCUGCGCGUCUGGGACAUGUUCUUCUGUGAAGGAGUGAAGAUCAUAUUCAGGGUGGGGCUGGUCCUGCUGAAGAACAUGCUGGGCUCCUCUGACAAGCUGAAGGUUUGCCAGGGCCUGUACGAGACCAUGGAGCUGCUGAGAACCGUGGAGCCCAGAUACAUGCAGGAGGGCUUCCUGAUGAGAGAGAUAAUCGAGCUGCAGGUGUCGGAGCGCGACAUUGAGAAGGAGCACCUGGUGCAGCUGAAGCGCUGGAAGGAGACGCACGGAGAGCUGCGCUGCAAGUCCCCUCCCAGAAUGCAUGGUGCCCGGGCCAUCAUGAUCGCCGAUCCACCCACCCACAAAGACCUGCUCCAGGCUCCCACUAUCAUCGUGGAGCCCCCCCUGGAAGACGCCAGCUCUAAACAGAAGAAGAAAGGGAAGAACAAACGAGAGCCCCCCAGCAAUCCCACCACAGAGACCCUGAGCCCUGCCCACCCUCCAAGCCCCACCCUCCAGAAAGACACUCCCCUGCAGCAGUCCAACCAGAGCCUAAGCUCCAGCAGCACUGAGCAGGACACCUACCUGUAGCCCUUCUAUUGUGAGCCGUGUUACCACAUCCUGUUCCCAUUCAAAGGUUUCAUCAAAAGGGGCAGGAUCGCCCCCAACUGACGCCACUGUUAUGGAAUCCCUCAGGACUCCCUGUAUUCUAUCGAUUAUUUUAUAUUAUACUCCCUGUUCCAUCAGGGUAUCCCCACUAAUUAACUGUCCAUUAAUUAGAAACUUCUGCUUCUCAUUUCCUACCAGCCUUGGGGCAUAUUGCUGCCUGCGUGGCUUUGUCACCUAGUGCUGCGAGAGAUUUAGUUCAUUUAGUAUUUAACAACUCUGAAGUCUGUUCAUCUGUACGCUGGGGAUCUUUCCACUCGUAGUGAAUAAGAAUGCCAACACCUGCUCAUAUAUGGAAUAGCUCCCUGUCAAGGUGCCAAUAAACCCAUGAUAUGGUGACAUUUAAAAAUGAUCCAGGUAUACAGGUAUUUGAAACAAUAGCUGAUUUUGAAUGUAACAGAGGUUCUGGGCAUCUCGUGCAGCAUUCGCUUGUCUGCAGUUUGUGUGCCUCUGGUGGAACAGGAGGGAAUGAAGCUGCUACCUGGAUGUGGUUAAGCUCAGGGUGUCUUGACAAAGUGUCUCCUGAUGGCUUGUAUAGGUGUAAAAUACCAGGUACCAGCACCUGACCUUUUCUGCCACGUUCUUUAAAUGGAAUCGUGUGUAGCUAUCCCACAGUGAUGGAAGUACCUGGGUAUCUCCUUUUCUGCCACGUUCUUUAAAUGGAGUCGUGUGUAGCUAUCCCACAGUGAUGGAAGUAGCUGGCUAUCUCCUUUUCUGCCACGUUCUUUAAAUGGAAUCGUGUGUAGCUAUCCCACAGUGAUGGAAGUAGCUGGGUAUCUCCUUUUCUGCCACGUUCUUUAAAUGGAAUCGUGUGUAGCUAUCCCACAGUGAUGGAAGUAGCCCACAGAACACAUGUUGUGAAUGGCAGACGCACCUCCAAUAAGCAGCCACAAAUGCCCCCAUUUUGGUGUUUACCCAGAUCCGUAUCUCGUACUCUUUUGGGAACUUGAAAGGAUUUUUCUCCAUGGUAGUUGGUUGUAAUUGGUAUUUUCCCACACCCACACGCCCUCACACACACACACAACCUCACACACAGACACACACAUGCACAUUCACACCCACACCCACAGACACACACACACUCCCCAAACAAACACAGGCUUUUGAGUGUUUAGAGAAGAUACUUGCUUUAUUAACUCAAUCUAGAAAGGUUUUUAACCUAUGAGGAAAGACUGUAUUUUAGCAUCUCAAAAAUAGCAAUGGAAACUGUUGUUUUUGUGUGUGUGUGUGUGUGUGUGUGCGUGGUUGAAGAGGUGGUAGUAAGGGUGUGAAUUGGAUCAAGGCUGUCAGAUACCCAGUCGUAUAUGUUAUAGCUUUCUGAACUAUAUAGAUUUUUUUGUUUUGUUUCUUCAAAUACAUGGUAUAGAAUUAAAACAUAAGCUCAUGCACUUUGAUACUGGAUGUAUGAUUCAAUGCACAAGCAACAAAAGAAACCCGUGACGAGAGUUCUUUGAAAAUGGUCAUGCGCAUGUAUAUUUAAUGUGUUAGGUGCAUGAAAGAGUGACAGACACAAUCUGGAUGUGGCUUGUUUUCAAGUUCAGCCUGUCACUACUUCAAGCAAACUUCAGCUCCAUGUAAUUAUUUCCAGUGGAAUCUGAACUGGUCUCUUUACACAAAGUAUCCAGUGGAUGAAAGGAAUUUUUUAGGUUGGUUCCCCCUAGUGGUUGAAGUGGGGUAUGACUGCUUUUCUAAAGUGAAAUAAAACAAGACUUUCAACAUUUAUUUUUCAGGGGUUCACAGAAUCGUGUUCUUUUAUUGAAACAUAAUAUUCAGUCUGACCAGUGAUCUCAUUGUCUGAUCAAAUGUGGCCAGGCGGAGAUUUCCAACUUAAGAAAAACCCCAACAAAUAAAACAGGUGUCCGUCAUACCAGACUCUUGUUGACUUUAUUAUGGUAUUUUGUGAGCCUCUGAAAAACAAACAAGUCUAAAUAAAACACACAACCAAAAUAGGAUAAACUCCUAUCCUGAGAGGGGUUGUCUCAUCAAUUGAAUUAAAUAAUGGCCAGGAAAAUAAUUUCCAUAGCAUUAGCACAGUGUUCUGUUUUUGUGAUCUCAGCAGCCACCAUAUACACAUUUGUAUAGAACACUGUUCAACGCAUGAUGAUCUAAACAGCGGGCUCCUCUUACCUGCAGUCACUCAGGGCUGGGAACAACUGCAGCUUUUCAAAACGUUUAUUUAGAUCCGCAGACAUGUGACAUGCAGUCAUUUACUUGUCACACUGUAUCUGUAUGUUACCCCUGGGGGUCUGAUCUCAAAGCAUUGAACUCCAGGCUUUAUCUUCUAUUUACAGAGCAUUCUUAUGGUGCUGAGAAUCUUUUGGUUCCUUUUUUUUUGUCAGUUCAGAAUUUGCUGUAAGUCACUCAGUCUGUUUGCAACUAGACCACUGGAAGGGAUCUUGACCAGCAGUAGCAAAUUGUCAUAUAUAGUAUUGAGUGAGAAUAUUAAAAUUAAAUUUAAAACCUGUGUUUAUAAAGUACCACAUCAUUUGUAUUCCUGGUUUUGUAACAGAAGUUAAGAGCUUGAGAACAGGCCUCAUAAUGUGCAAGUGGAAGUUCUGGACCAAAGAAAUAGAUGCCUUAUUAAAGAAGCUGCAUGAUCGAAAUUCUCUAGCAAACACAGGGUGUGUCUUUAUCUGUGGUGGACGGACCAAUCAGUGUUGAAUUAUUCAAAUGUUCACAUUCCAAACGCCAUCACUAAACCAUUUUGUUUUUCGAAAGAGAAAGUAUUUAAUGUCUUUAAAGUGACCGUAGCUGAGUGGAGUCGAUUUGUAAUUGUUCAGAUAUGUUUAUGGUACAAGGGCUUUUACAGCAAGGGUUACAUUUUAAACCAACAGAAGUAGAUUCAUGUUCUCGGUAACCAUUCCUUCAAUACAGACAGGCCGAGUUAUAAUUCAGUAAAGUAGCUUUCAAAUAAAUGUUCUUUAUUUUCUUUACUGUCCACUUCCUUUUUCUUCGCUGGUUCUAACUUCUGUCAUGACAAAAUCUAGCCUAGGUUACGUAUUUCUUUGACUAAAACUAGAACUGAAGAGCAACUCGGAAUGAUUGCAAAUAUCAUACAAGGAAAAUACGUUUGAAGCUACUAGGGAAUGAGCUGAUGGGGUGGUGACACAGUAAUUGUCUCAGAUGUUUGUAAACAUGUGCACUAAACUGUACAGUCUUAACUUUUAUUGAUUAUUGUGGUAAAUGAAAAUGAAGGGUGAUUUUUAAAGAGUUUGCUUCCAUUCCUUUUUUGUCUGUUUCAUGUUUCAAUUACAAAAACACACGAUGCAAUCAUUCCUUUUUCCAUCAAGUGCUUUGGAAGACACUUUGACCUCCCAAAUUUCAGACUGCUGGCUUAUUCGAAAGACUCGAUUUAUUACAGAUGUAUGGGCAAUACCUAAAACAACAAAAUAAAAGGAACUUAAAAAGUUCUCACGUUGUAAUGCUUGGACGUGAAUGCCAUGAUGACACUAAUGAAUAUAUGACUUUUCUAGCACUUUUAUAAGAAAUGUAUAAGCUUUUUUUUUUUAAAUGGAGACUCCAGGUAUUGUAUUUUGUUGUUUUUUUGUAUAGCGGCUUUAUCAAACUGGAAACCGACACGACUAUAAACCAUUCACUCCAGCUGUAUUGUUUGCUAGCUCUACAGUCUGUUGAGCGGUAAAUCCAGAUUUUCUUAAAUAAAUGAUAACCAAGCUCUGUCAUCCAUUGUGCUCAAUAGCCUCAUUAUCACUAGUCCUCCUUGUUGUGCUGAGUGAGGUAUUGGAUUAUACAAACUAUAUACUAUAGAUUUAAAAAGUCUAAACCACUGCUUCCUGGUAUCAUCACUUCUUGUGUUGGUUUUUGACUGCAUCCAAAGCUACUUCUUGCAGUACCAAUGAAAAUCACAAACUCGACAGACAUAAACGACUGAGUCAUGAGGACCAUAGGAGCUGGACAGUGUUCUUGACCUUCAGCCAGGAAGUGAGAGGGCAUAUCCACAGAGUUAACAAAGAAGAUCACCUGAACAACAAUAACCAGUGAUAGAGAGGAAAGUUUAGAUUGAGUUGUACAAAAUUAAUUUUAUACUGCACAUGCAGUAAAUUAUGGGACCAUUUAGGCCAGUGGUACUUGAGAUCUAUUCCAGUCCUUGUCCUAAAUGAGUUAAUUACCCCUUAGCAGCUAAAAUUAACUACAUUACCUGCUUGGAGUAAAAACCUGAACUGGAUUAGAUCUCGAGGGCCGGAGUUGAGUACCACUGAUCUAGGCACAGAACAGUACAUAUUACUGCACGAACGCUGUUCAAAACCAAGACCCUCAUAAAUCAGACUGCUGGGUUGGUUCCAGCGAGUCUGCCUUUGUUUCUAAGAGACCGCGGUGCAUACCUGAGUUUCCCUGUCGAUGAAAUACCAGAGAGCCCCCGACACGCCCAGCAGCUGCUUCUUUUGGGCAAUGGGAGGGGGUGAUUUUAUAUAUAGUGUAUUCAGAAAUCAGUCCUGUUGUAUUUAAUACUGUUUCUGUACAAACUCCAUUUACCUGAAAUAAAUUUGAUACUAUGCUCGGCUUUAUAAA